AGAAAUUUUAAACUAUCGUCCUUCUCAGUGAUGGCGGCUUCGUUUCGUUCUCUCCCCGCAAGCUGUAAUAACAAAUGGUACUACACCCGACAGCAGAUCGACAACAGCCCCUCACGGCGAGCUGGACUUGAUCCCGACAAGGAGCUGUCCUACAGGCAACAGGCGGCCAACCUGCUCCAGGACAUGGGACAGCGGCUCAAUGUGUCCCAACUUACAAUUAACACAGCGAUUGUGUACAUGCAUCGAUUCUACAUGGUCCAGUCAUUCACCAGGUUUCACAGAAAUGUUAUUUCUCCCGCCGCGCUCUUCCUCGCUGCGAAGGUCGAGGAGCAGCCCCGAAAGCUGGAACAUGUUAUAAAGGUGGCCCAUGCAUGCCUCAAUCCUCAGGAUCCUUCACCAGAUGUACGCAGUGAUGCCUACCUGCAACAAGCCCAAGACCUGGUCAUUCUUGAGAGCAUAAUACUCCAGACCUUGGCUUUUGAAAUCACCAUUGACCAUCCACACACUCACGUUGUCAAGUGCACUCAGCUUGUCAGAGUUGUUCCAGCGAGUAAGGAUUUGGCUCAAACAUCAUACUUUAUGGCCACAAACAGUCUGCACUUGACCACGUUCUGCCUGCAGUAUAGUCCGCCGGUUGUGGCCUGUGUGUGCAUCCAUCUCGCCUGCAAGUGGUCCAACUGGGAGAUCCCUGUGUCUACAGACGGCAAACACUGGUGGGAGUAUGUUGAUCCCACAGUUACCCUCGAGCUGCUGGAUGAGCUCACACAUGAGUUCCUGCAGAUUCUAGAGAAAACACCCAGCCGGUUGAAACGGAUUCGCAACUGGAAGGCUGGAGGUCAGACACCAAAAGCCAAGACAAAAGUCCAGGAGGAAGGGGACCAAAGGGACGCCAUGAUGAGCAUGAUCUCCAUGGCCUCAUCAGAGAGCACCGUGGCGGGCCUGAUGAGCCUCUCAGCUCCACCUUCUGCCUCUUCUUCUUCCUCGUCCAUGGGCGACAAGGACAGGGGUGCAUCUGGCAGUGCUCAGACUUGGAGUGGGAAAGGUGCGGCUGUAACUGAGCAGCAACAACAGCAGCAGCAGCAGCAGCAGCCCAACAACGAGGUUCAUGCCCCAGCCAAGGUAUCACUGAGUGAGUACCGCGCCAAGAACGCAGACGUCCUGGCCGCCCAGAAGAGGAAGCUGGAGAACAUGGAGGCCAGCGUGAAGAGGGACUAUGCGAACGCUGCCCAGGCUCUCAUUGGUCAGCAGCAGAGGAAGGACAAGCAGCAGCAUCAUCACCAGCAGUCCAGCUCCUCCUCCUCUGAUGUGUCCAAUCCUUCUCCAAUAAUUCUGAAAAUCCCCCUGGAGAAGGAGAGGCACGACAGGAGCUCUCUGAAAAUGCGUUUCCCCCUAGCUGGGGGAGGAGGCAGCGGGCACGGAGCCAGCGCCCGAGGUCAGGAUCAGGACAUCAAAGUCAGAAUACGAGUGCCUGAGAAGCAACGGGGGAGUUCAGGAGAGGAGGGCAAGAGCAGGGACAAGCACAGGGAAAGGUCUAACCACCAUCACCAUCAUCACCACCACCACCACCAUUCCUCCUCUGGCAGUGCCUCACUCUCCUCUUCACACAAACAUUCAUCCAGUACCGGCGGAGCGGUCGGAAGCAGCAAAAAAGUCCCCAGCGACUCCUCUAGAACGAGCUCUUCGUCCUCUUCCACCUCACGUAAGAGGACACACUCCCAAGAUACCACGGCGGGCUCUCACGCUGCCUCUAAAGUCAGCAAGUCCUCUAGGAAUCCCUACCAGCUGCCGUCCCUGUCUUCCUCCUCUGGACAAACUCUGGGGCACGGUCCCGACAUUCUGCCCAACCUGGGCCUUCCCCUCCACCAGGGGAGCUUUUCGCACUCCAAAGGCGACAAGACGGACACUAAUGGACACGGUGCGACAGGCGGAGCCCAGUCGAACGAGUACCAGGACACUUUCGAAAUGCUAAACUCACUUCUGAGUGCGCAGGGGGUCCAGCCGUCCCAGCCGUCCAUGUUUGACUACAGAUCCCAGUAUGGGGAGUACCGGUACAGUGGUGGCUCCAGGGGGAGCAACCCCAGGCCCCCACCCCUACCUUCAGAACCACCUCCCCCACUGCCGCCCUUACCCAAAUGAGUUCCUGACGUAUUGUGUACAUUGUACUUGACAUCAGAAACAUCCAUAUUGUUACAUAAAGUAUUGUAUUCCUUUUUUUAUUUUUAAACUCACCCAACAUUUUUUUUUUUUUUUAUAUAUAUAGUGUGACAGCAGCGAAAUGUAGUGGUGAGAUAAAUCAGUUUUCAAUCCUUUUCUUUUUACAGUUCACUUGUGGGGCAAUAAUGAGAGGCUUUAAAAGCUUGAAAAAUGUGAGGAAAAACAAUUUACAGAAAAGUGUAGAUAAUUUUUUUUUUUUUUUUUUUUAGUUCUUCUGUUUAAACUCAAAUGUGAUGAUGAUGAUGAUGAUGGGACCUGGUGUUUUUACCAUCACUGUUUUGGAGGAAGUGAAAUCAUGAGGAAACUAAAAGAUUUCCAUCAUAUAUACCUGUUAGAUCUUCUUACAGAUUGUCUUUUUAUAAUGUUUUUAUAGUAUGUUAUUUAUUAAUUGAAUGCUUUUUAAAAAACAAAACAAAAAAAGUCCCCUUUUGUACCUUUUUUUUUUUUUUAAGGUUUUCCCUCUAUGUUCUUUUUUUGGGCAGAGGGAUAUUUCUCCACCAAGACUGUACAGGCUAGUUUGAGAGUGCAUGUCUCCAAAGCCAUCUUUUCAAUAUUUUUGUCUUUUUUAAAAUAUUUUCUUUAUUUUUCUUUAACAGCCAUAACCUAAAAAAAAAAAAAAAAAAAAAAAGCUGACUGCCCAACCCCCCCCGUUUAUCUAUUUUAUUUCCUGUAUUAUUUGGUAAACUUGUACAAAAGACUGUAAAAUGUUUUAAAAACAAAACAUGAAAUAUUUUUUACAUUUUUGUUAAGAAAAAUUUGCAAAAAAAAAAAAGAUGUAAAUUAAGGAAAGCUUGUAAUUUUUUUGGUUUUAGAUUUUGAGUGUUGCAGUCAUUGUUUUAAAUGGUUGUAAAAUAUUCAUAUUCAGUUCUCUAAUGAUUACACUAAUGGACAGUUCAUACCAAGGAUAUAGUACAUUUAUGGUUUUAUCAAAAGGGUUCAAAGAGUUCAAACAUAUCUACCCGGUAUGGUCACAAUGAAGGAAUUUCCAAUAAAAAAAAAAAUCCCUCUAGAGAGGAAAUGUGAGUUUUUGUCCUGUGAUGUAAUUGUCACUUGUUCAUCAGUUUCCUCUGGAGGUCUUUGAGGGUGAUCGCAGCUAAAUGCAAAGAUGGAAACAGGCAACGUGAAUGGCCCCGCCGUCAGACGAGUCCCCUGUGAAACUGCCGUAAAACAAAAAAUAUAUUUUCUACUGGUGCUCACUUUGUGGUGACCAUAUCGAGCACAGUAUACAGUAAAGUAUUCAAAAUACACAAUAUCAAAGGCUAAUCAAACCACAUCUGUCUGUCAUCCAGCUGUUAAUGGUUGUCUUUCAUUUAUACAUUUCCUUAUUGGGGACGUUUUUAAAUGUGUAAACUCCAGUGUACGCCUGUCAAUUUGUGCUGGUCUGAUUUUAAUCAUGUUUUUUUUUUUAAAAAAAAAGCUCUUUUGAGUCAUGACCUGAGUCGUGACCUUUAAAACUACAUUGGUGGAUAUUCAGCUUCAGAUUGUUGUUUAUGGUCCAUCCACAAGCCAUGAUUCUUCAAAAUGUUUGCAUGUGUUCUUUAGUUCUGUAAAUCGUACACUGCAAAGCAGGUUAUCGACAUUACCUCCACUACAAGGUCAUAAGCAUGAAGUAUAAUACUGUCUAAUAAAUUUGAAUUAAUGAUGAAUUCGGCUACGUUCACACUGAAAGCCUGAGUGCUCAAUUCUGAUUUAUUGCUCAGAUAUGAUUGUUUUUUUUCACAUUACUGUUCAAAUGUGGCCAAAAUCAGAUUCCAGUGUGAGCGGGUGAUGAUCCUGAAGUGAUCUGCAUAACAUAACGUAGUCACAUGAAUUCUGAUAUGACUGUUCACACUGAAAAAUCUGAUCAGAUUUCAUGUGAUUUCUGCUGCUCUCACAGCUCUGAGUCACAUAUGAGCAAAACCAAAUCAGAUUAGGGUCCCUUUGUGCCUGCAGUGUGAUCACAGCCUUUUGUUUUUGAGCAAAAUGGUGGAAAGUGUGCCAUUUGUUGGCGAGAGAAUCGGGUAUCAUCUGUACAUUUAAUUCAUACUAAGCUUUAUAUGGUUUUGAUUGUAUAGUGUUACUGCUCUUUUACCUGCUUUCUUUUUUAUCAGUUUGUAAUCAAAAACUCAUUUUUAGGCAGUUCACAGUAAUGCAGUACAAGAAAUCAGCCAUACAGUUGUACAAUUGUUUUUUGUUCCCUUUGAUUAUAUGGAAGAUAAGCUGAAAGAGUACAGCUCUUUGCUCAGGCAGCAGAGGUUUUUAUUAGUUAUUCAACUCUUGGUUGUAACAGGGAAACAGUAAAUGCACUGAAUAUUUAUCUCAGUAGGUUUGCCUACAAUGCAAUUGACAAAGUGUUACAUGUAUAAUGGUUAGACUAUUAGAAUAGUUGUCCAAUAUGUCAUUGCCAUUUAAAAAAAACAAAAAAAAAACAUUGUUUUAUUUGAUCUGGACAAAUCUUCCAAUUUAAGUAUUAAACUUGAUGCUGUGAGAGAGUCAUACAAAAAGGAACACGCAUUUCAAAACAAACCCAUAUGUGAGAAAAAAAAUGGAAGACACUCAUGCAACCUAACAAUGCAAAAAUCACAUUAGCUACAAUAAGUUUCGCGUUUUGUUUUUUCACGUCUUGGUGUUUUUAGUGACACUCAGGUCUGGAAAUAAAACGUUUUGGGAUAUUUUGUUUUUUGUUUUUCAGUUAAAAGGAUAUAUGUGAACACUGUUCUUUUUUUUGAUAUAAUGUGGUUGCUUUAUUCUCAAUUAAAGUCAAUAAAUAUUUUAAGAAAA